UUGAAACCGCUAGUGGUUUUACUCUUGCAGGAUGUGUGAGCCAGCCUCAUCUGCCAUUUUCCUACAUGGACAAGCUUCUCUGGUGGUUUGUCCUUUGGUUCGGAAGUCUGGCUGUUGUUGACCGGGUUUGCGUUUGUUCGGAGGAAGUUGAUGACAGGAGAGCAGAGCUCACUUUCAAGACCUGAGGCAGGAAGGGAAGAAUUUUGAGCUGGCGCCUUAUCUUUGCAGCUUGGUCAGUUCCCCAUGACCCUGGAGCAAAGGACAGCCUCCCACACUUGAGACCACGUGCAAAGCCCCUCCUGUGGACAUCAUGGCCAUAGUGCAGACCUUGCCCGUCUCCAUUGAGUCCGCCUCUGAAGGGGCUGCCCAGCUCCACACGAGUGCCUGCCCGUCCCCUGCAGCCAUGGGCAGUGUCAGCAGCCUAAUCUCCGGCCGGCCUUGCCACAAAGCCACAACAGAGUUUGGCCCUUUCCGCCUGCCUGGCGGGGCUGGUUCCCAAGAGCCCCUGUGCCAUGGACUUCCCACCAAGAAGAGCAGCUAUGCUUACGUAAGCGAAGAGGACUGGGCCGAAGAGGUGUCUCCCAUCAGCCCCUGUAGUGACAUGGAAGACCUGCAGGAUGACAAGCCCCGAGUUGGCACCAUCCGCGGACCACCCCCCAAGUUGGUGCCUGUCUCGGGGAAACUUGAGAAGGCCAUGGAGAAGACGCUUAUCCGCCCCACGGCCUUCAAGCCAGUCAUGCCCAAGAACCGCAAUGGCCCACUGCAGGGGCACUUGGCUCUGCGUCCCGGUGCCUCCGUGCUCUCCGAGAGCCAAGCUAGUCUCGCCCAGCUCUUUGGCGGUGCCCCUGCGGGCAGCACCGAGAAGCACAACUCCCUGAGCUGCCGAACCAGCUCUCACUCAGGGACCAUGUCGGACUCGGGGCGCAACUCCCUCUCGAGCCUCCCCACCUACAGUACUGGAUGCAGCCAGCAGAUGGAGCCAGUCAGCAUCUCCAUGGGCCACAUCACCCUGGACGGUGGCGGCGGCGGAGGAGGCGGUUCGCGUGGCCUCACGGGGCCUUCAAACUCGGACAGCGGCCGCUCGUCGUCAAGCAAGAGCACGGGCUCUCUGAGCGGCCGGGGCCACCAUUCCUCUGACAGCGGCUCCUGCGGGGGACGUUCGCCUGUGCACAACGGAGCAGAUGAAGCCCUCCUCAUUCAUGAACUCGAGGAGAAGUUGCGGGAGCGUGAGGUCGAGCUGCAGCACUUGAGGGAGAGCUUGGACGAGAAUGAGGUGGCCAUUUGCCAGGUGUACGAGGAGAAGCAGAGGCGCUGCGAGGAAGAGAUGGAAGAGCUGCGGCAGGGCUACACCGCCAAGCUCCAGCAGUCGGCGCAGAAGGCCCAGCGCAGCCAGCAGGUGCUGCAGCUCCAGAUCUUCCAGCUGCAGCAGGAGAAGAAGAAACUCCAGGAGGACUUUGCACAGCUGCUGGCCGAGCGGGAGCUGCUGGAGAAGCGCUGCGCCUCCUUUGAGCGAGAGCACACGGAGCUGGGGCCCCGCUUGGAAGAGACUAAGUGGGAGGUGUGCCAGAAGUCUGGCGAGAUCUCGCUACUGAAACAGCAGCUGAAGGAAUCGCAGGCAGAGGUGGCUCAGCGGGGCAACGAGCUGGUGCUUCUGAGGGCCCAGCUGAGGGAAGCGAGGGCUGAGCUGCAGGCUGGUGAAGAGCAGGUGCUGGGCUUGCAGGAAGUGGCCCACACCAAGUCCUUGGAGCUGGAGGUGUGUGCCAACGAGCUGGCCAGGCGCAAGAGCGAGGCGGAGCUGCUGCGCGAGAAGGUGGGGCGGCUGGAGCACGAGUUGGAGGGACUGCGCAGUGCGGGCGGGGAGCUCUGCCCCCUGUUGGCCGAGUGUGACGAGGCCAAGGCCCAGCGCCAGGCAGCUGAUACCCUGCAGGGCUUGCGCUCCCAGGCCGAACGGCUGCGUGCCGAGCUGCUAUGCGAGCGCCGGCGCGGCGAGGAGCAGCGGGAGGCUUUCCACGCUGAGCGCGUCACUUGGCAGGGGGAAAAGGACAGGGUCAUCCGCUACCAGAAGCAGCUGCAGCACAACUAUAUCCAGAUGUACCGGCACAACCGUGACUUGGAGAGCCAGCUGCGCCACCUCAGCCUCGAACUCGAGGCCCGGGACAUGGAGGAGUACGAGAUGCACGGGGGUGAAGGCAUCUGCUUUGAGGAGAUUGCCGCCACCGAGAUCUGACCGUAUCUGGAGGAAGAAGGCCUUGGUGAAUAGGCUGUGCGGCCGCAGACAAGGGAGCGUGCUCCAUCGGACGUGAGAAUGGAGUGAGCUUGGGACCGGUGGUGGAGGGAGAAGUCUGCUAUACCUGAAUCCCACUGGGUAGCACUUGUUCCAUUACUUAACUUGUCUGGGGAACUCCCCCCACCCCCACCAGCUUAACAGAUUUCACUGCCAGUGAGAUAAGACAAGGACCAGAAGCCAGGCAGUUUCACUGGGAGGUAGAGGCUGCUAAGGAUUUUGUCAGUAUUUUCCAGACCUGCCUUGUAGGGAGGCGGGACUAACCUCUAACUAAGCCCGCCCUUUGGAAUGUUGUAGCAGCAGCAUCUCCUCCUCCUCCAUUCCCCACCCCUCCCCAUGGGGAAGCAGCUGCCCUCUAGGUCCUAAUGCUCCUCAGCCUCCCACAAAGGUGCUGGUUGUGGUAGAAAAUGGCUACCACUGUUUUGCCUCCUGUUCUGUGGGCUGGAGAUAGCUCUCUCUUCUGCCACUACCUGUAUGAAGUGACCCAACUGGCCCUCAGCCACCACCUGGCUGGAAAUUAGGCUGUCGUGGCUUUGCUGACAGGCAGCUGAUCCACUUAACUGAUGGGAAGGAAUUAGCAUGGCCUGUUUUUAGGCUGGCUGGAGAAGCAUUUUACAGGAUGCUCUUUUGACCUUUGUCCCAGUCCCGGGCUGGGUAAAGUGAAUCUAAAUGGGGGGGGGGGAGGCAUACAAUCAAAAGCCACCGAGAGAACCCCAGAUGCUGUGACUCUGACAAGUUGUACAAAUUAAGCAAACUUGCACACAUGCGCUUUGUUUGCAUAAUUUGUGCUGCUUACAGUAGUUGUAAAGGGCAGGUUGUUUUGUAAGGCCCUGAAGGUCCACACAAGCUAUUUUUUUAUAGUCAUAAGGACAGCAAUAAUAAGAGUGAUAAAUAGUGGUAAACCCAACAUUGAUUCUCAGGAUGCUGAAUUCUGGUCCCACAUUUAGUGCUUAUUUCAGUGCUAAAGAACGUUCAGAAGAGCUCUGCUGGGUUAGACCAAAGGCCAAUAUUAUGUUUCCACAGUGGCCAACCAGAUACCUAAGGGAAGCUCACAAGCAGCGUAUGAGCCUAGCAGCCCUCACCUGCAGUUUACCCACACGCACCUCAAAAAAAGCUGGUAUUCGGUGUCAAACUGCUUCUGAUGUAUGGAAGUAGCAUCUAGCAAAUGUGACUGGUAGCCAUUUUGUGGAAUUACAGAAGAUAUGCAGGCCUAGCCUGAUCUCACCCAAGGCAUUGUGGGAAGACACUGUGCUAGGCUUGCUGAGGAAAAGUAGUCUCCCUCUGUGCUGUGGAAGCAGGAGCCACCCCCCACCCAGCACCUCCCCAAGAA